UGCUCUGCAGCUCACAAGCUUUGCGAAGUGGAGGGCGAGAAACGCGGUUUACAACUUUUCGUUCCGGGCAUUCGUGAGGAGAGAAAUUCCAGCUUCUUUCCGGAUACCGCAACUGUAAUCACAAGUUGGCAUGUGAUGUUGAAUCGGGCUGGCGAUCUUCGAGCCGGAUGGCGAAUGAGUGAUCCGGGGUUUGCAAAUCACGAAACUGACAGCAGUGAUUGUUCAAAAGCGUGGUAUACUGCUGAACUACACGUGCCCAAUGAAGUGAUUGCACUUUAUGAAAAUCGUGGACAAAAAUCAGGAAAUGGAAUUCGAGAUGGACGUCAUUUGUGA